AACACAGUAAAGGAGAAGAAAAGAAGAAAGCUGUGGUGUUAAUGUGGCACCAGCAUGCACUAAUCUCUGCUCUGUGACUGAGUAAACACCUGGAUGAGAAAAAGCUCCACCCACCUGCGCUCACCUCCACUCUCCACUCUUUAAUUUUUCUAAGACCAAUGGCAAAGCAUGACCCGAACGACCUCCCUCCUCCUUACUACUCUCUUGACUUGCACACCCAGCCCCCCCUCAAGCCCUAUGAGGAGGUGGUUUAUGGUGUGGGUCCAGGCCUGACACCCCCCAGCCAUCCACGUUACAUCCCCCAGUAUCCACCGCCCGUGGUGGUUUCGCCAGUCACACAGUCUAGCAUACCCCCCAGCAGUAAGAGGAGGAGAUGCUGCCACAGUAAUGCACAGUGCUGCGGAGGGUCGGGGGGAACCUUACUGCUGCUCGGCCUGCUUGCACUGGCCAUCUGGCUUGGAGUUCGUUAUGGCACCCGGUUGGCAACAACAGCAAUCCUCCACGAUGACUACAAUGAUCACGAUGAUCACGAUGAUUACGACGAUACAAUUCCGCAAAGAUAUGACACCUGCUCCAACAGUACUGUUAAAUGUGAUGGGAUAAUAGACUGCAAACUGGGAUCUGACGAAACAAACUGUGUGAGAUUUGACAAGAGCAACGGUCUGCAGGUCAAGACAUCUCAGGAUGGCCGCUUCCUUCCAGUGUGCCACAAAGACUGGAACAACAACUAUGCUGACGAGACCUGUGCUCAGCUAGGACUCAGAAAGUCAUAUGUUACCGGAAAAAUAAAAUCCCAGGGUGCCAACGUUUUAUCAUUGACAAGCAGAAAAUCUCCGCUUCUCCAGAGUCGGGUUAAAGUCAGUUCAUUGUGUCCAAACCAGGAAGCCGUCUCCCUGCAGUGUGUGGACUGCGGACGCCAGAAGACCACGUCCCGGAUCAUUGGGGGUAGCGCGGCUAAGGAGGGCCAGUGGCCCUGGCAGGUGUCCCUGCACUUCAGAGGAUCCCACGUCUGCGGGGCCGUCCUGAUCUCUCGUGAUUUUGUUCUGACUGCUGCCCACUGCUUCCCAAGCAGCAACUCUUUAUCUCUUCAGAACUGGAAAGUGUAUGUUGGAUUGAUGUCUCUGACUAGACCUACUCAGCCCUACAUGGUUAAGAGGAUUAUACUCAACAAAAACUACAACAGCAAUACUAAUGACCAGGAUGUCGCUCUGCUAAAACUUGAAACACAAGUUACUUUCAAUGAUAAUAUCCAUCCAGCUUGCCUGCCAGCUUUUGACCAAGAAUUCAAACCUGGAACCACAUGUUGGACCUCAGGAUUUGGCACCACUGAGUCAGGAUCAGGCGUUGUCUCCAAGGAACUGAUGGAAGUGACUGUGGACCUCAUAGACACAGGUGUGUGUAACGGUCCCGUAGUGUAUCAAGGCGCCGUGACCAAGCACAUGCUCUGUGCUGGGGAUUUGGAUGGAGGCAAAGACUCCUGUCAGGGGGACAGUGGUGGACCUCUGGUGUGUAAGGGAGACAGCCGUUGGUACCUGGCCGGGAUUACAAGCUGGGGAGUUGGCUGUGGUGAAAAAAACAGACCGGGUGUUUACACCAAAGUCAAAAGUGUUCUGCCCUGGAUCUACAGCAAAAUGCAGCAAGAGAAGCCAUGAUGUCCCUUUGUCCCUGCUGGGGUCUAAUCCCCCCACAACAAUAAACCCUGCACUAUGAAGUAGAGAGGUGAAGGAAUUUACACAUAGAAGAAUGAAAAGAUGAAAGAGAUACUUUAGGCAGAAGGUGAAAAGUUGAAUGCACGAUAAACCUCACAACUUGGACAAAGGACUCUUGUCUUCUAUCUUCCAUAUUUAUACUCUGUCAAACAGGUUUUGUGAAUGACCUAAACCUGAUUAUUGAUACACAACAAUUGAUGCACUGACUUUAGUGUAGGCUUCUUGAUUCUUCUGUCUCUUGUUAUGAAGUAUACUUGUGUUGACAUACAUGUUAAACAAGCUUUAAAGAUGGCUGGCCCUUCUCUUAUGUGUUCUGUGCCAAUGAAACUCAGUCCACUCUACUGUGAUCUACUUAAUUAGUUUAACCAUGAGAAAAACGAUUUAUGAUUGAUAGAUGUGUUUUAUACUCAGGGACACAUCUGGGAUGUUUCAAUAGAGAAAAAAGAAGAAAGGACACUUUGUUUUGUAUUUACUUUUAAAAAAGAAAGCAAGUGUGACCCUUGACUCUCUAAAUGAGCUGGGACUCUAGCUGUGAAACUCUGUGUAACUUUAUACCCAAAAUGUGACCUUUUUAACCUGUUCUCCUGAAAUUGUAUGUCAAAGUGUGGGUUCUCUGUGUCGUAUUAGUGUGCAUUGGCCAUCUUGUGUAACAUAAUUGUGUGUCUAAUGUGUGGGAUCAACGGGCAAUAUACUGAGCACACAUACAAUAAACAUUAAGUAAGCA